GACUUGGAUUGCUUUGGAGUACACCAAUGUUUGACAAAAAGUUUAAAAGUUUCUUGAAGUUUGAAGUUCGUAUACAGUGUUACUAACAUAGCUAUCUAAUGUAGGGACUCAUAAUUAGAGAUGAGUACAACCAAGUAAAGGAAGGAGGUCACAUCACUGAGGAGAUAGAUACAUACAUCAAGUGGAUGCUAAAUAAUUGUACUGCCUCAUAAACUCCCCGGGUGAAGAGUUACCUGCUAAAGCAUAAUAUGAUGUGAUAAUACAAUCAUACAAUAACAAUGUGAUCCAACAAUGUGAUGUACCUGCCACUACAACAUGAUAACAGGAUACAAGUAGUACAACUUAUGAAAAAACAUAUGAUGACCUUAUGAACACACGCAGAGAGAUACAGCACUCGCACACAGAGUUCACAUUUAUCUCUGUUCUGUUACAACAUAGACAAGUAUAAAGAUGCAAGAUAAACAAAAGAGUACUUGGACCUAUCAAACCAUUGAACUUAUCUAUAUUUGUUGUUGUUAACAUAGGUAUAGCAUGAAUAUAAUUCAUCCAAUACCAAAACAGGGCCCUUACAUGUAGAAGUGAUGCCAGAACUGUACAAUAUUCAAGCUAGAACUAGUACAAUCUGCUGUUGGGGAAAUGUGACUAAAAUUUAAGUCUGCAGACAGAUGGAAAAAUCCUGACAGGUGCAUCUUGUAGUAUGAUUUGUGAUCUUGUCCUACUGACACUCCUGUUUUGAGCAGGAUCUUUAGUAAGGUCUGCUGCCUCUCUUGGUCUCUUAUGAUGACAUCGUUACUAUAAGUUCCCGUCAUAUCUCCGCAAGUUCACAUAAUAUCUACAAACAUAGCGUCAUAUCUACAACAUUAAGUGGUAUCCUAGGAGCUGUAUCUACUGGACUCUGCUGGAUCACUUUUUCUGGAAGUUUUGAUGUUUGAGUUCAAGUUUAAAAAAAGUUGGCAUGACAUAUAGAAAAGAUUUCUGCACGAUUGGAGUUAAAAAGUUCAACUUUACAAAGUUGCAUUCAAUAAAUGCAUUUAAACUGGUGUUAUAUGGUUGGAUUGGAUUGACAUUUAGAGGUGUUACUGGAAUAUAACAACAUAACUUAUCUACCUACAAAUAUAUUGAGGAUUAUAUCUGUUCAGUGAUGGCCUUAAAAGUUAAUCCCUUAGGGUCAUGUAAACAAUGUGUGGAUUCACUUGAUGAAAAUAUAUUAUGAACACUAACUUCAGUACAUGUAAGGAUAUUGCAAGUUUAUGUACAUAAACAACUCAUAAUGGAUUAAAGUAUGUGUGGAUUAGAUAAUAUUGGAUUUAAUUAAAAUAGGUUGAUCUCCUGGAUUAUUAUUUAGGAUGGAAGAGAAAAAAGCAUCAAAGAUCCCCAAACUUGGAUUGUUUCAUGGUCUGCGAAAUAAAACCCCCACAAACUCACCUGGUAACUCACCACGUCGUCCCCCUGAUCAGGAAAAGCCAAAAGGUUCACCGAGGACCCCUCGGUUGUUUUUUGGUCGACGUAAUGCUGCCAAAAAGAAAGAUGCUAGAAUCGCGAAAUAUGCCAUUCCCGAGAGUGAUACAAAUUCGAGACCAGAGGGGGGCACUAGAAAAGGUUCCGUGGAAUCGGCAGAUACUGUUUUCUCACAGAAGAGUGUGGAGUCUUUCUCUAGCUCUAACUUCGAUGGUCUGGAGAUCCCGCAGAAGAUUACAACAGUGACGCUGCAGAAAGAGGGCAGCAGCAGUUUGGGGUUAAAGAUCGCGGGAGGACGGGGAUGUAAACGUGGCGACAUCGGGAUAUUUGUCGUGAAAGUUGUUAAAGGUGGAAUUGCACACAGAGAUGGUAGACUCAAACGUCAUGAUGAAAUCUUAACAAUCAAUGGUAAAUCUCUUGAAGGUCUAACACAUCAUGAGGCAGUAGAAGUCCUGAGAAACACAGAGGAAAUUGUACAGCUCCUCAUUGCUAAAAGGCCUAAAGGAUUUCAACCAACAAGUGAAAGUUUCCUUGAUUCGGCAUCUGAGACCAGUAGUUUAUGCAGUAGUAAUGCAAGUCCUACCUUUAGUAGGACAUCAUGGACCCAAUCUCUAACCUCCUGUGAUAGUUUUACCAGUGAAAAUAGUCCCAGAGAAUAUAGUCCCAAAACAGUUGGUCCCAGAAAAGAUAGCCUAGGGAAUAAUUCUCGAGAUGGAAUCAGUAAAACGUUAACCUAUGAAAACAGUAGAAUUCCAAGUCCUAGAAAAAUAAGUCCCUUAACGCAGAAUAGUGUAAAAAGUCCCAUCGAUGUAACAAGUGAGUUAUCUUAUCCCGAUCGAAUUAAAACUGAAAAUUUGAUUACAAAAUUAGAUAAAGAGGAGUCAUUGGAUAACAAAACAUCUAGUCAAAUUGUUAAUGGUGAUAGUAGGGAUAAGGUAAGUGAUAGUAAGGAUAGAGGCAGAAAACAGCUGGAUGUAACUCACAGACAACAAACAUUAAGUAACAUUACAACACCCUGUGAUACAACCACAACAAAUACUCAAAAUACUACAAGCUCAGCUUCUACACACGAACAAGAAUGUGAUACAGUUGCUAUAGCAACGACAACAAAGACUAAACAUAACUAUGAAAAUUGGCCUCUUGCUAAAGACAAUACAGCACAGUUAGACGUGCAAAUUCCUCGGAGUAAAUUACCAGUUUCUAAACAACGGAAGUUGCUUCCUCCACCACCUAAACCACCCAAACCAAGGGGCACUAGUCAGCCAAAAGUGGGGGAUGAAAAUGCAAAUGAUAACAUUGAGGAUGAUGAUACUAUAGAGCAUGAGAUCAAACACACUGAACAAACACAACAAAUUACUGAACCUGAAACUGAAGGAAAUAUCUUGAGUCAACUUUUAAAUGAGAAUAAGCUAUCAAUAUCAGAUAUACAGCCUCCCAAUGAUCAAGAGGACACAUGUGAUUUAGAAUUGCGUAAUCGGAGCAGGGAAUCAAGGUUGUCAACUUCUGAUACAAGUCAGUUAGAGAUGUCAUUGGCAUUAAGUCCACGUCGGAGAAGCAAGCUGCCUGGGCCCCACCCAGUAGCGCUGAUGAAGGGGGCAGGGGGCAAGGGUCUUGGCUUCUCCAUUGUGGGGGGCAGGGACUCAGGACGGGGCAACAUUGGAAUCUACAUCAAAACAAUCUUUCCCACUGGAGUUGCAGCGCAAGAUGGAAGACUCAGAGAAGGUGAUGAGAUCUUGAGUGUGAAUGGUGACAGCCUCCAAGGACUGACUAGACAGGAGGCCAUUGCUAAGUUCAAACUUGUCAAGAAAGGUGUGGUCAACCUGAAUGUACGUAGCAGAGGACCAAGUCCUUAUACAAGUCCAAGCCUUACCCCAAGCCACACUCCCCAGUCCAGUAUCUCUGGGGACACACCUGCGUCACCUCUACCUUGUGUUCAGGAGGAGCUCAACCAAUCAGGUGCCUUAGAAAAAUUACACCGUCGUACAAAAUCAACAGAAACUGAACAAUCUGGGAUACCUCGGCGUAGAAAAACACGAAGCACAUCAAGCACAUCCAGUGUGUCAAGCAUCUCGAGUAUUGAAUCUGAGGACACGUCAUCGGACAAUUACGUCAUAUCAACACAACAUGACGAGGAAUCUUCAAAAGUGAUCGAUCAGAUCGAGGAUUUAAAUAAAAAUUUGCAAGUUGAAUUUGAGUCGUCAUCUGGGAGUAACAAGUGUGUAGAGAGUAGCUCACCAGGUGGCGGCGAGGUAUCAACUGCUGAGAGUGAAGUGCCAAUACAGUCUAAUGUAGUCCAGGCUCCUAGUAGUAACAUAACCAAGGUAACCAAGGAUACUGGUUCACCUGGAGAUAUCACCAUGGAUACUGGACAGAUGUCAGAAAUUGUACUACAUAAAGUGGCAGAUGAAAGUCUUGGCCUUGGUGUUGUCUGCAAGGAGAUUAAGAAGGGCUUAUAUGGUAUAUUUGUGGAGGACACGGCAGAGCGAUCCCCUGCACAGCUCAAUGGAAACUUAAACAAAGGAGACCAAGUACUCCAGGUAAAUGACCACUCUCUUAUCAAUGCUCGCCUGAAGGAGGUCUACGCAAUAUUCAGAAAUGUCCAGCCAGGACCUUGUAAACUGAUUGUGCUGAAACAUUCAGAGGCGUCAGCUUUGAAAAGCCCCGGAGGGACAUACACAUCAUUAGUGACACCCAAGGCGUAUUCUCUCAAUGAUUCCAAUCAGAUAUCAAACAUCGUUCCCUCGUCUACCAAAGGGUAUUCAUCAGUCAGUUCAUCUGGGGCACACAUAAAACCUUCUCCCAGGAAGUUUGCUUCUGUAAGUCCUCCACCAAGGAUUCUGCCAAAAGAGGCCGCCACAGUUCCUAAGAUGGUGCCGGUUGCUAUGGAGAUAGAUAUUGGUGAAGAGGUUCCUCAGAAAACAGAAACAGCUGUAGAUGAACCAAAUGAGCAACUGUUUGACACUCAAGCAGCUGUAGAAAUAGUUGACAAACAGGUAUGCGACAACAAGGCAGUUGUAGAAGAGAAGGACAGUGACCAGGUGUUUGACAAUGAAGCAGAACCUGCAGAGGAUAAUAAAGUAACUUCAAAUGAACCAGAAUUGAAGCAACAUAAGGAGGGCAAUGAUGAACUAGAGAACAGAACUGUUGAACAAGUUGAUGAAUACAAGGAAGAUACUGAUAAACCUGCAGAUGAUAUUGGUGAACAAGAAAAGGAGAAUGUAGAGGAACAACCUACUGGCAGCAAUGCUGAACUAGAAGAGAAACCACGUCACUCAGCCUCUGAGGAAUCGCACAACCUCAGCAUGCCUCUAAAGGGGUUAAUGCCCAAGAUCUUCAACAAGAAGAGGGCCAAAGACAUUAGCUCUGACAACAAAUAUAAACUGUCUCCCAGAGAUGAACCCGCAACCCCAUUCGGAUUACCUGGAGGCCCACAACCUAAUAUGGCAUUUCUCGAGAGCACACGCCAGCUUGAAAAUAGUGAGAAUUUCGACCCAGCAUUAGAUUAUGAUAUCAGAAAUAGUGAGAAUCUGCAGCCAAUGCAGAGUUUUGCUCAGGACCCCUAUAGUGAUUCUAGACCCAAGUCUUCCGCCCCUAGUGUUCCUGCCCCUCCUGUCCCCCGAUCAAAGUCUUCUGCCCCUAGUGUCCCCAGACCAAAGUCUGGUCCCCCUGGUAUCCCAGUGUCUAAGUCUUUUGGGCCUAAACGUCCUCCUCCACCCAAACCACCCAGGCGGGGCUCCAAACUUUCAGAAACAGACACUCAACCACAAGAUGAACUCACAAUAGAUGGUGCUAGUGGUCAAUCUCCAGAUAUUACACAAAACUCUGCUCCACAACCUCCAAAGCGUAAAAAGAAACAGAAAAAUGUUGAUAUUAUGGAGAUUGAUUUUUCUAUUGGUGACACAUCCCGUGAGGAUAACUGGGGCAUAAACCCAGAGGAUGGUCAUUUAGACACAAAUAGUGGUGCCCAUAAUGGGAGCAUAUAUGAGAAUGUAAACAUGGAUUAUCAGGAUGAUGUUCCAGUAACAAAUUUAGAUGAAAUGUCUGAUUUUGAAGAUGAGCCUGAGAUCAAAGUUCCGUAUAGAAAAAAGAAUAAAGAUAAUAAACAAGAAGGUCUUCCAAAAAUACCUGUUAAUGAGACAAAAAGUGCUGGAUCAGCAGAAUCUGAACAGUACCUUACUAUGCAAUUACAUUCUGAGCAUUCCACGAGUGACAACAUAGAACCCGGUCACCAUAGUAACAACCAUGACACACCAGGUGCAAAUUUCACUCUUACAAAUAAAGACAAUGCAGUAUCUUCCAAGUUGCACUCCAGCACAGAAAGCGAGAGUAGUGACUAUCAAAGCAUUCCAAUAGACAUUCUCACCCUCCAUAGACUUCCGGGAGAAAGAAUGGGAAUGGCAUUACGCAUAGAAGGGGACCCAAAUAAGAACUCUCAAAUCGAGGGUGUAUACAUCGAAGGGGUAACACCAGGUGGGGCUUCUGAGCGAGCCACCGGGGCAAAAAAGGGACUGUGUGUUGGGGAUGAGAUCCUACAGAUAAACGGCUCCCAGUUAAAGGAAUACACAUACUCUGAAGUGAUUCAAAUCUUCAAGGAGUUGCCUCUCAUGGUCAUUCUGACUGUGCAGCGUAGGGUCAGGAUGGACUUGAUACAACAAGAUAAUGCAAGGAAGGCUGCUGAAGCACAGAAAGCUAAGCAGGAAGAGAAAAAUGAGGAUGCUGAUGAGGAGAGUGAGUUUGAUGGGUUUGAAACACAUGUGGUUCAUAUCAAGAAACGUCCUGAGGAGAAUCUUGGACUGAGUAUUGUACCGAGCUAUGGAUCUACCAGGGACUACUUUCAGGUCAAGAAGGUUCUAGCAAGUGGUGUAUGUUCACGCUAUAAAGACAUCCAACCAGGUGUGAGACUACUCAGUAUCAACAAACAAUCUCUCAAACUUCUCUCACAGUCUCAGUGCCUUGAUCUACUUAAGCAAUCAGAUGAACAUUUAGAAUUAGAAAUAUUGAAAUCAACCUCGAAAGAGACGCUCGCCUUCACUCAGUUAGAUAGUGAUGAUUUAGAUACUUUGAAUGAUUAUACUGAAAUCCCUGGGAACCUGAAUGUGUUGACAGUGAAAGGACCAAACCAAGUGAAAAGCAGUGAGAAAGACUCCCAGUCCAGUGGUAGUGACUCGAAUGCACUUGGUAAAAUAAACAUUGAUGACGAUCUUCCACAUAGGCGUGCACAACUUCCACCAAAUCAAUUGUUCGCUGCUACCAAUAUGAAACUUGCGUAUAAAACCCCUGGACCAAUCAGACAUACAGCAUCAGAUGAUACAACAACAGAGACUGAAUCAGAAUCAGAGAAAUCAAAAUUCUUCUCUGAUCCUUCUAAAUUACAUUCCCCUACCAUGCAGAGAAAGAAUCCCCCUCCUCCAAAAGAUGAUCUCUUCACUCGACUAACCUCUGAAUCUGAUCUUAAACAAGAUGACCUUCCAGUACCUGAUCUUUUGAAAGGAACCAAUACAGAGGUCAUCACGACCACUGGAGAUCCGUCUGUUCCACUGACCCCUAAAGGUCAAGGUAACAUUGUAGGUAUGUACACCACACCACAGAGUGUCAUAUACCAACAGGUCGACUCUGACAGUGAUGAAGAAAUCAGAGAAGUGUUUAUAGAUCUUGGUGAUAAACCCACCAUAAAAGAACAAAUAGUAGAGGUGGCACCUGAUUUCGGCACUGAAACUGAUAAUGCACCAGCUAAGAAAGAAAGACCUCCUCCCCCACCAAGAAGAGGAUCAAAACUUUCUACUGCACCCACAAAUGAAGCAAUUGUGGAUGAUACUUCUGCUGGGGAGGAAACAGCUGAAGAUGUCCCUAUCACUAAUAUUGAUGACAUGUUUACCAGUGACUCUGAUGAUCCUGAUGAGAACUCAGCCACUGAGAGCUAUGAUGUAAUAGAGAAUAAUCCUCCUGGUGCAAUACUAGAUACAUAUCCUCCUGAUCUGGCCCAUAUUGAAAUGGAUCAAGGACACAUUGGGGAAUCUUCCACUGAUCCUGAUGUGUUGCCACCUGCAGUUCAACCAGAGGUUCCAUUAGAGGUCAAGAUUCAAGGUCAUGAUGACUCAACAGUGGUGUCCUCUAGUGAUAACAUUUCCCUGUCUCCAACCACUCAUACUUUGAUACUUAGCAACCCAUGUUCACCUUUUAGGAAGAACACUCCAGAGCCCUUUGAUAUUUCAACAAACAUUGAGCGUUCUCCUGUUACACCUGAAACCACAGAAGAACUUAAACAUGCUCUAGCUGAUCCAUUUGAACAACUUGAAGCAGAAUAUGCCAAGGAAAACACAGAAGCUUUUAAUACACUUGAUGACGCUAUCAACUCAUUUGAUGAAGCAGAUGAUGACAUAAAAGAUGAUACAAUUGAAAAUGAACAAACUGAAGCCAAGCAGAUAAAAGAUACAGAUAAACAGAGAACAGAUAUUGAUCAAAAUAUUUAUCUUCCUGUGAGAAAAAUCACUCCUAGAUCCCGCAAAGGGCUGAGUGGAAUUAUGGAUUUGUUUGAUCAAGUUGAAACGUCCCCUGUUGAACAAGCAUCUUUCGUGACAGGUACUUUGACAGAUGAGCCCUAUGACUUUGAUACAUCAGAGCCAAUUUCACAAUUAGCUGAACAUGAAUACACGACACCCGCUCAAUACAAUAGCACAGCUGUAGGAGUAGACCACCUCAAUAGAGACAGUCAGGAUGACCUUCCAGUAGGGGACCAUAGUGAUAGUGAGGAUAGCACACUUUCUGGAUCUGACCAAGGGAUGGAGCUACCCCCACCUCCAAUCAUGAGCCCCCCUCCUAGUAGCUUGAUGGCAGUAGGGUCAGACACUGAGUCCAACUUACCCCUCCCUUCAUCCACUGAUGUCUCAUUCACCCAGGGGUCAGAUACAGAAUCUUGUGUCCCUCCCCCACCUCCUAUCAUCACCCCACCACCAUCAUUCCAAACAGUGCCACCCCCUGGCUCAACAUCUCCACCCCCUAGCUCAACACCCACAGGGAGCCCAACUAUAGAAGUGACUCUCACAUUUCCAUCUAAUUGGCGCUCAAGGUCACCUAGUAACCAUAGUGAUGAAGAGCCUGACAAACACAACAAAGUGCUUGAUCACACUAAGCUGUCAGGUGCAUUGACACAUAACAAGUCACUGACAUUAUCAGAUGGAGAGCUUGAGAAACCUUAUAAUAAACUAGACACAUCAUCUCUGGAGGAUUUAACUAGUAAUCCAUACACCAAACUUCAGCCUACGGCUCUGAAUAUGUUAAAACAAGAGGCAAAUAAGUCAAAUGAGAGUCCAUACGAAGUUUUAGAUAUACCAGAGAGUGAUCGUAAAAUAUACCAAACAUUAAACCCUGUUAUCCCAGGUAUGGAUAUUAAUAAUGUUGAUACAGGGACCAGUGAUGAUUCAGUUACUAUGGGAACGGAUCCAGUUACUAUGCCAACGAUGGGUGUGAAUGUAAACAAUCAGCAGGGAGAUAAUCACAUCCUAGAUACUACACCUGAGCAGACCUCCAGUGUUAAUCAAAAUAUUUCCGAAAUGAAAGCUGAGCAUUGGGGAAUGUCAGGCAAUGUAGAUAAUAACAUUGGAUUACUUCCAGUGACCUCAGCAGGGGAAUGCGAGCCACUUCCAAAGUCAAGUGAUCAGAUGAGAGAUCCAGGUCAAGAUGUUAGCUCACAGCCUCCCGAGGUUAACAGCAUCCAAAGUAGCAUUCAGAACAGACAAGCAGAGCAGACAGGUGAGGCAACGGAAAUUAGAGAGCCAAAAUUGCAACUUUCUAACGAGACACAUGGUUCCCAUUCUGAGGAUUCCAUAGCCACUCCAGACCAUGCUGAGACUGGAGGAAACCAAUACAUUGAUUCUACAAGAGAUCAGGAUCAAAUAAUGGACUUACAAACAACAAACAUGAAAAUCACGGACCCUGUUGCUAUAGCAACCAAACCGGGGACACAAAAGGUGGCACCACCUAUUCCAAGACCCAGGACAUCUCUUUUGAAGCCAGUGACUCCUGUAAAACCUGAUUUGAAACCAAAACCAGAUUUAAAACAGCCGAAACCAGUGGCAUUUCCCAAACCACAAGUGAAUAUUAAACCACAACUGAAGACCUUACCAACUAAAUCAGAAAAUCAACCUAUAUCUCUAAGAGGAGAGAAGGAUAUAUCAUCACUCUACACAAAGGAUAAAACUGCAUCUCAAUUUAAAAUUCCAUCUCCAAAAUUCAAGACUAAACUUUAUUCUAAUAAAAGAACACCUACAGAGCCCUUCCAAGUGAACAUCUUGAAGAGCAUUCUGGGAUUGGGGGUUACCAUAGCAACUAAUGACAAUGGAGAUGCCAUAGUGACAAAACUUGACCCCAGAGGGCCAGCAACUAAAAACAGCAAUAUUAAAGUUGGGGAUUACGUUGUUUCUAUCAAUGGGACUGAACUAGGUGGACGAACAGACGCAGAAGUUCAGACAAUAUUGCAACGAUUGCCCAGGGGGCUAAUUAGAUUCAUCAUUUCACUGUCGCCACCUGGUGGGCAAAUGGAUCCUAAAGAGGAGGAAACAGUGCCACCUAUUGUUGAAAAAACUGCUGGUGAUACAUCAAAAUUGGGGGCAACCAACCUGAGCUUCAUCCCUGAUGUGAUACAAAAGAAACAGAAUGGUUUAGAUGUUAACAAUGGAGAAUUGAACAAAGAAAAGGAAUCUUUACAGGAGAUAGAUCCAAUUAAAAGCCCUGAGUUCGAACCUAAGCCUGUAUCAGAUAUUAAAAGUGUACAUGUAAAUGGUAGCACAAAGGAGACCAGUGAUACUUCAGAACCAAUUGUUGCAGUGAAUAGUGCCACAACAGCAGUUGAAAUAGUUGAUUUGAAUGACAUGAAAGAUACACACAGAGAACAAGCCAUUGAUACAGUCUCAACUGAAUCUAAAGCAGUAAAUGGAAAAAUAAUUGAAUCAGAGAAUGCCAAUGUGAAAAUUAUUCCUACACCAGGAAACGAUUCUGCAACCUCAGACCCUGUUAAGAUCACAAGGAUGCAGUCUGAGACAAGUACCGAUACGAGGUCUUCUACAAGCACCCCAAGCUUUCCAAGGUUGCCACCAGAUGGCGAUGAAUUCCCAGAACAUUACACAGAUGGAGAAGGCCACAUUGUUGUUCCAAUUCUCAAACCUGGAGAUGAGGAUCUAAUUAUUAAAAAUGUCAGUCUGAAUAAUGAUGCCCCACCUCUCCCAUCAUCUGUCCCCCCUCUACCAACAGGCCCCCCACCUCCUGUACCCCCUGUUGAUGAUAGCAUAGGAGAUGGCCCAUCACCAUCGGACCUCAAUGAUAUAUCAACAACAGAUGAUGAUACAUCAUUUGGUGAACUAGAUAAGAAGGACACUAUGAGUAUUGAUGCAAUGGAGCUACUUUCACAAUUUCAUCCUAGCCUUUUAGACAGGUCCAAACCAGAGGAAACUGUCACUGAGGCUCCCCCUAUGCAAAUAGAUACAAUGGAUACAAAGCUCAAAAAUGGACUAUCAGAUAAAAAUGACAAUAGAAUCAAAGGUGAAGUAACAUUAGAUGUUAACCUAAACAAAACAGAAGUAACAUCCUCCAAUCUAUCCAGUCCACCCGCCAAGGUUCUAAGUGCCUGGGAGUACCCGGCCCCAGCUCCCUCAAAAGAAGAACCAGUCGAAACAAAUGGCCUUAAAGAUGAUGUUUUUGAUAAUCUACCAGCCCCCACCAAAUCCAGCACAUUACCAGUUUUAUCUAAAGGAAAGCCUCCAAAUUAUGACUUGUAUGGAGCCAGAAGUGAAAGAACUGCAUCUCCAGCUGUAGAAGUGAAUGGAACAUGUGGUGACUCCAUCAAGUCAGAUUCUCCAGUGCCAUCUAUAACAUCUCCUGGGAGAUCAUCCAGCAUUGGUUCAGGAUCUCUCAGUCUGUCCAGAGAUGGGUCAGUCUCCCCUAAUCUUGCAUCAAGUAGUGAAUUAUCAAGGUGGCGUCGGGCAAGUGUUGACUCUGAUAACGAGAGUGUCUCCUCAAGAUCAUCCAGUGGAAGUUCUAGGAGGUCAUCAUGGGCGCCACCUUUAUUGAGCCAAAGUAAACAACGCCGACCAUCAUCCAUUAUUGAAUCCAUAAACGAACAGAAGAAAAGUGAAGGCUCCAAACUGAAGGGCCUCCAGGUGCCAGGAUCUACCUCCUCUGCAAGGAGGGUUUCUACUGGGAAAGUUGCAGAUAUGCCCAAAUUAGGAGGAGUAAAAACCUUAUUGCCACCAUUGAAGAAAGACUUGGGUUCUAUUCCUGUUAAAUUUGAUGCCAGUAGGAAGAGCCAAACAUUACCAAUUAGACCUACGAGGCAAAGUUUGCCAGGUAAUUUAUCGUAUAAACCAUUCAGUCUGAAAUCAACCACCACACCGUCGACUGGUGAUAUAUCAGAGGAGGAAGUGUCACCAGCCAAACAAGGGAAAACUAAAUCACCAGUUAGCAUUCAAAAGACUCCACCAAUAAAAUCACCACGGCGACAGCCAGUAUUCACUUCUCCAGAUGUCACCAAGAUAGAACCAAAAAAUGAAAUUGUAAUUGACACUGGAACCCAUACAAUGCAUCAGGAAACCCCUGAAAGUAUAGCUCUUCCUGAUAGUUCCCCACCUGAAUUGCCAUCCUCUCCGCCAAUAUUACCAGCAUCUCCUCGACCGACAGACGAUUCUGUUAUAUUGAGGGUUGAGAAGAAGUCAGUAACACUACAAGAAACACCACCAGACCUUCCAUCCUCCAUGCCAACUUUACCAGUCUCUUCACGACCUUCUGAAGAUGAUAUCAUAGUAACUUCUGACAAAAAAUCAUUCAAACUACCCCAGUCUUCACCACCAAAAAUACCUGCAGACACUGAACCUAUUGUUAGUAAAUCUAGUCCUUUAUUAAGUGCAACAAGACCACAGGUGUCCCUUAAGCAUGAAUGGGUCACAAAAACACCUGACACUGACGCUCCAUCUAUCCCGUCAAACACAUACCCUGCUGUUGAUAAACCUCUCAAAAUUACACCAGAGACAUCCAACUCUACAGUUUAUUCAAGCCAGAUUAGUUCUCCUCGUAAGGUGACAGACAAACCAAAUGUGAGCACCUUGGAAAUAGGAGAGCCUACCUCUGUCAAGAUCACCAUCAACUCCCCAGCAAAAAGGACUCCAUCACUAAAUGUUGAAUCAUUACCAAGAUCACCUGCUGCAGUUGAAGUUCAUGAAGAUACCGAGUCUUCAGAUGAUGAUGAUCUGCUUAAUGAGAUUGAUGCAUUGAUGGCUAAAAGCCAAAAGAAGUCCCCUGUGUUUUCCUCAUCAACUGUCGUCUCACUGGCUCCCACAAUUCAGGGAAGAACAAAGCCACAGAAUGUAUAUCCCCCUGUGGAGGCAAAUCUUUCCCCAUCUAAAGUUACAAUUGGGAGAACCCAACCCGAUGCGCCAUCUAUCCCAGCAACAAAAAUAAACAUUCAGACUACAUCUAUAAAAACAGAAAUCCUAUCUGAAAAACCAGAGUCUAACUUUGAACCUAUUGCUAUAUCAGUUAACCCCACAUCAAUGAAAAUACAAUCAAUAGACAAUAAGCCAGAAGAUACAAAGGUCAAACCUGUAGAAAUCAAAGGACCCUUUGCAAAUACAAAGGUCGAACCUGUAGAUGAGCAAAACACUGCUCCUGUUCUGCCUCCAUCACAGCCACCCAAACUGGUAGAACCUGAAACGAAAGUUGAACCAAAGACAGUGGAAGGACAAGAACCCUGUAAUGAGAAAACUGCAGUUGAGAAAUCUAAACUGACUGAUACAGAAAUAUUUGAUUCAAAACCAUCCCGUCCCUCUGUUACCAGAGGUGCUAUUGAGAUGACCCACACUGAUACAAAUAGUACUUCAUAUUCUUCAAAAUCCUUAACUCCAGAGACAAAAUCCCGCACCAGUCGCUACAGCUCUGACAGUUCACCAAGUCGAUAUAACGCUGAAUCGACAACUCCCGAAGUCCGACCUCGCUCCAGUCGUUAUAGCUCUGACAGCUCGCCAAGUCGAUACAGUGGAGGAUCUUCGACCCAAGAAACCCGACCACGCUCAAGUCGCUAUAGCUUUGACAGUUCAACGAGGGAACCAUACUCCAGUAGAGCUGAUAGGCUAUCAACAUCUAGGUAUAGCAGUGAUUCCUGGAGGACUGAUAGGUUAACCACUAAGCCUGUUAGUGAGGAUGCUCCAUGUGGUAAAAUACUGAGCACAGAGCCUGAUGGGACCAAGACAAUAGAGAUCACCAGGGGAGAGUAUGGCCGUACAGGGCUGGGCUUCAGCUUAGAGGGGGGCAAGGGAUCAGCCUUGGGGGAUAGACCUAUGGCAGUAAAGAAACUUUUUAAAGGUGGUGUAGCAGAACAGAGUGGACUCCUACAUGUGGGUGAUGAAAUAUACUCUGUCAACGGAGAGGAUUUCACUAACAAGAGCCAUACGGAGGGCUGGAACUAUCUGAAGACCUUAACCGAGGAUAAAGUGAAGAUCAGAUUGAAGUCUAUACUUGAUUUAUAGACAUAUUAUGAACAUACAGUAUAUAACCUGUCUAAACUGAAUUGAACCUUUCUUGGACCUGAGUUAAAGAUUUCAUGUUAAGUGGUCUUUAUUGUGAGGUUCUGGUCACAUGGGAGUCAAUGGGAUAUCCAAAUAUGGGACUGAGGUAAUCAUAAUAUAGUGUCCACAUUGUAACAGAUUUCGUGCUCUAUAGAUUUUCGAGGAGUGAGGCUGUAGACAGACUACAGACUUAUAAGUCUAAAGACAUUCUGAACAAAGAUGAGACAAUAGACAAAUCAUAUAAAAACAUUCUGAACAUAUAUGACUGAUGCAAUAUUAUAAUACUAUUUUUAGUAAGGCAAGAGCAAGUGGAGUAUCAGAAGGAUUUAGAAAACAUUGAAUAUGUGAAAACUUCAGUGAAAUAAAGGAGGAAUGUGUGAAAAUAUAUGUGAAAAUGUGAAACAUUUAUGUGGAAAUAAUGUGAAAGAAGGAUGCAGUACCUAUUAUAUGGACAACUUUUGAUGGAACAAAGCCAUUGAAUUGAAGUACUGUCAAAUAACAUUUCUCUAUGCAAACUGACAAUAAAAAUAUGGUGAACAUCGAAUUAUCAAAAAGCAAUGUGAUCUUUAUAUAGAAAUUACAUGCAUGAUGUAUGUGAAAAAUAUUGAAGAUUUGUAUGUGAUCAUUUAGAGUAACAAUGUCAGCUAUCAUAUGUGAUGCUCUAUCUAUUUGAUGUCAUGUGACAUCAUGUAUCUGGUGUCAUGUGACAUCAUGUAUCUGGGGUCAUGUGACAUCAUGUAUAUGGUGUCACGUGACAUCAUGUAUUAUAAGGGUGAACUAUGCAAUACUUUAUACACUUGUGCUUAAGAACUCUGAACAGUUCGAUCAAAUAAUUUUAUAUUUCAUAAUCGAAGAUAUGUUGAAAUAGGAUGGAGCAUUUCAAUAUACUUGUACAUUAUGUCUGUACAGUCGUUGAGAAUUUAUGCAAAUUAAGGGUUUAAUUAAGUUGCAUGUAUGUAAAAUGCUCCAUUAACCUAUUUUAAGAGAAAAGUAGGGAUUUAAGAGAAACGUAGGGAUCAAUGUGUGACAUAUAUAGUCUUAAAAUGCAGGAGCUAAAGGAAAGCCAAGCCCUUAUACAAUACAUGAUAGAAGACUCUUUAAGUCUGUUAAACACAAAGGUAAGGAAUCGGGUUUACAACUCCUUUAACUCAAACCAAAUAUAUGGGUUAACUACUCCCUUAAUUACAAAUGUAUUCUGAAUAAUUUAAGAUGCUUCCAGGUUUGAUAAAACAUUCUAGCUGCACCACAUUUUGAAACAGUUUAUAUCUAGCUGGCUACAUGUAGAUAUAGUACAUUUCCUGGGAAAUGUUUUGUUGGGAACAUAAGAAUAUACAUGAUAUAGUUUGACUGUUCCAUUUACAUAUUAAGUAUAUUGUACUUAUGAUUCACUUUAUUACAAUGGUAAUUUUGACAUAUGAUUUUUACACAUUUGUACAAAAAGCUUCCUUUGAAAUUUGUAAUGGUUCGUAUAUAAACUAAAGAAAGUUUAAAAUGUGAAUUGACUAUAUAAAAAUGAAUAAAGAUAUAUAUUAUAUGGCUAAAUUAUGAAAAUUAUUUAUACUAACGAAACACUAUGUAUUUGCAUAAUAAAAUAAUAUUUGUAUAAAAUAUAUGUGUUUGUUUGUGAAUAAUCAAUGCUGAAUAGAAUGAGUAGUAU